GUUGCAAGGCGUGGCCGUGAGGCCCAAAGUACAAUUCCGCAGGGCCUAAAGAACAAUCCUCCUUUCUAGUCCCACUGGUGAAGCUACGCAACCCUGCAAUUGUGGUUUGCGAGUUUUCUGACUUCUCAGAUGCCAAACUCACCAAAAUGCUGAGAAGAAAGCCAACCAAAAUCCAAGUCAAAAUCGAAGACAAAGAAGAACUCGAAGAAGCUCGCAAACGCGCCUCCGCCGCCACAUCCACAUCCACAGCCGCCGCCGCCACUGCCUCCACUUCUCUCCUUAACCUCCUUGACCGCAAUCAAACAAACCCCUCCUCCAAAUCCCACCGCAUCGGCCUUUCCCCUUGAAGUUGAAUCCUUCUUCACUCAUUAUGGAAGUAGAGGUGAAAUUGCGUCUCCCUGAUGAACCUAAUUACACCCGCCUAAAUUCCCUUCUUCAUUCAUUUCACUGCAAAACCCUUCACCAGCAAAACCUAUUCUUUGAUUCUCAUGCUGCCACUCUUUCCUCUCAAUGGGCUGUGCUUCGCAUGCGUUUCUUUGACAACGACUCCCGUUGUGUUCUCUCCCUCAAGGCCAAGCCUGUUCUAAUCAAUGGUGUCAGCCGUGUCGAGGAAGAUGAAGAAGAAAUCGAUCCUCUGAUUGGUCGUGAAUGCGUUGCUGAUCCUUCCAAGUUAAGUUCGAUUGAAUCCAGGAUUUUGAAGAGGUGCAAAGAUGAGUUUGGGGUUUUGGGAGAAAUGGGAUUUGUUUGUUUGGGCGGGUUUGAGAACGUGAGAGAAGUUUAUGAGUGGAGAGGGUUGAAGCUGGAGGUGGAUGAGACUAAAUACAGCUUUGGGGUUUCAUACGAGGUGGAAUGUGAGACCCCUGAUCCUGAAGAGGCUAAGAGACAUCUGGAGGAGUUUCUAAAGGAGAAUGGGAUAGAUUAUAAGUACUCAGAGAUGUCAAAGUUUGCAGUUUUUCGAUCUGGGAAGCUGCCGUAGUUAACCUGAACCAUGGAGGGUCACGAGCUCAUGGGAAAGGGAUGGAGAACAAAGGCUUAGCAGAGAACCAUCAAUUUUCUUCACGCUAGUGCAUCUUAAACACUCUAGAGUCUGGACACAACUAAGUUCUCUUUGGACGUUUCAUUGACAAUAAAUAUUUUCUUCUCAUAACACUAAAUCAUAUGUUUAGUGAUGUGCUCAUCGUGUCUUAAUUUCAAAACGUCAUUAUUGCCAGAGAAUAUUGGCUAUCAUUUUGGUGUUGUCUAUUUCUCACUGGACGUUUACUUUCAUUUAUGAAAAUUUACUAUUUAGUCCCUA